AGCAUAUUAGUUGUAGCUACUUGCAGAGGGUCAUACUUCUGUAGUUAGAAGUAAUCCGCUGUUACUAUUAGGGCUAAUUUGUUAUCUGACUUUUGUGUGUAAUGGCGCUCCACUUGAAAGACAAAGAAGCUUACCAGAGACUGAACUACCUUUACCAGGCUGCACAUUGUGUUUUAGCUCAAAAUCCGGAAAAUGUGGAGCUGGCUCGUUUCUUCUGCUUCUCACAGAAGACGAUUGCAAAGCGUCUCGUUCUCAGACAAGAUCCAUCGGUGAAGAGGACAUUGUGCAAGAGGUGCUGCUCUUUGCUCAUCCCAGGUGUAACUGCUACAACAAGACAAAAACGAAAAAACAGCAAGACUCGUUUUACCGUGAUGAGAUGUCUCAGUUGUGGACAGAGGAAGACCUUACUGAAUAAUCCAGAUUACUGUUUAUGGGCAGACCGAGCUGAGGCUCAGCUGGAGCAGCAAAAGCAGAAAGAUUCAAUCACUUCUGCUAAAAAUCAGCCAAAAGACACAAAGAAUGACGGGUCACAGACAUCAAAACUUAGUUCUGCUCCAGGUGCUACCAGCACGUAGCAGCCAUGGCUCUGCUCUAUUUGCUUAACAUACAAAGGACUGUUCUUAAUAAAAGCUAAUAUAUAGUUUUGUUGUGUCACAUCCACCCACAGACUAGAGAAGGUUUUUUUUUUUAAAUGUUAUUUAAAUGAAAUUACUUCUUUUAAU